AUAAGCCCAAAUGUGAAAUCCAUAGUGUACUGCAAUGGUGUGGCCAAUGGAGGGGAGGAUGAAUGGAACCAUGCCUGGAGGCACUACACCAAAACCAACUUGGCUAGUGAGGAGACCGAAAUGUUGUAUGCCAUGGCUUGUACUAAGGAAGUUUGGCUUCUCAGCAAGUAUCUGGGGAUGACAUUCAACAAGAAUUCGACGGUGAGAUCCCAAGACGCCGCCACAGUAUUUCGAAGCAUUGCCCGAUCAGUCAUUGGAAGGUCCCUGGCUUUCGAAUAUUUGCUCAACAACUUUUUCUACCUUAAGGAAAAUGUCAGCCUCGGAAUUUCAGACAUAAGCAGCUUCAUUACCCCAUUUGCCACCUUCAACACGCCAGCUGAAGCGGCCAGAAAAUGGCUGUUCAAGCCCAUCUUACUCAUUUUCGAAGACAUCCCACAAAACCUGCUUCAUUGUGGCUAU